AUGCGGCUCCUUUGGCUGCUCUUCUUGGCCAUGCUGGCGGCCUGCAGCCUCUCGGGGAAGCAGACAGGAGACAUCACCAUUGCCUACAAAGUGCUGAAAGUGUACCCUCAAAGCCGCCAAGUGCUUAUCACCUGCGACAUCCCCGAGGCACCCCGGCCCAUCACUUACUCCCUCAUAGCUAGCCGAGGUCUCCUGGUGACAAAGAGGGUUGUGCACGACUACAAGCCAGUCUCCUUCAAAAUCAACAUCACACUCAAGUCCAGCCCAGACCUGCUCACGUACUCCUGCCAAGCAGCCUCUCACUCGGGUACCUAUGGGCCCAGCACCAGGCUGCAGAUGUACUGGGAGCUGUGGGCCAAGCCUGUGUCCCAGCUGCAGGCUGACUUCACCCUGUACGAUGGGGACUCAGGCCCCACUGUGGAGAUGUCCUGCCUGGCAUCCUCAGGCAGUCCACCCAUCGUCUACAGCUUGGUUGGGAAUGAUGGGCGUGUACACGCACAGCAGAGGCCACUCCAUGGGAAGCCGGCCAACUUCUCCAUCCCACUAUCCCAGAUGUCGGGCUGGUUCCACUGCGAAGCUGCGAACAGCGUCAGUGUCGACAGCAGCGCCCGAGUUCUGCUGCCCCCAGGUGAGAAGGCCCUUCCAGGCCUGGAGCAGGGCCUACAGCGGGAGCUGCCCGUGACAGCCACCUGCAUGCUGGCUGGCAGCCUGGUCUCCAUUGCAGCUAUUAGUUUCGGGAUGCUGAGGUCAACCAGGCGCAGCUCCAAGUUCCUGCACCUGCCACCACCACCGCAGGCACGAAGGGGCACUCUGCAGCGAGUCCCCGGCGGCUGA